CCCUGCCCUCCUUCCCUGUACCCCGUCCGACAUCCCAGCAGGGUGAGGGUCAGAGGUACUAACACUGUCCCAGCCAAAGGAGGGUGAUAUCAGGGCCAGAACUGAGGCUGAUGCCUGAGGCCACCCUCUCCCCACCCCCAGCCCCAGCCUGGGAGCGAGCGGGCAUCAUGGGGGGGAAGGAGGCCCCCAAGAACAAGUGGCCCUGGCAGGUGAGCCUGCGGAAGCACUGUUACUACUGGACACACUUCUGUGGGGGCUCCCUGGUGCACCCCCAGUGGGUACUGACUGCUGGGCACUGCGUCGGACCGGAGAUUAAGGAGGCCUCAGAGCUCAGGGUGCAGCUGCGAGAGCAGUACCUGUACUACGAGGACCAGCUUCUGCCAGUCAGCAGGAUCAUCGUGCACCCCAACUUCUACACCCCAGAACGGGGCGCCAACAUCGCCCUGCUGGAGCUCCAGGACCCGGUGAACAUAUCCAGCAACGUGCAGCUGGUCACCCUGCCACCAGCCUCGGAGACCUUCCCACCUGGGACACCGUGCUGGGUGACCGGGUGGGGCAACGUGGGGAAUGGAGUCCCUCUGGCACCACCCUAUCCCCUAAAGCAGGUGAAGGUGCCCAUUGUGGAAAACAGCCUCUGUGACACCAACUACCACACUGGUCUCAACACUGGGGACAACAUCCACAUCGUGAAAGAUGACAUGAUGUGUGCUGGGGAGAAAGGGCGAAACUCCUGCCAGGGCGACUCCGGAGGUCCCCUGGUGUGCAAGAUGAAGGACACCUGGAUGCAGGCAGGUGUGGUCAGCUGGGGCAAGGGAUGUGCUGAGCCCUGGAUCUACACCCGUGUCACCCACUACCUGGAUUGGAUCCACAGCUAUGUCCCCAAGGAGCCUUGAGCUCAGACCCCAGAGCCACCAGCCCAUCUAUCCCCACACCUCAGCUUGCUGCUCAGGGGUCUCCCCUGAUAUCCCUCCCCUCCAGAAGCCCCUCUGCUCCUGAGCCCUCCCACCUUCACCUGCCCAGGUAGCAGAGGUGUGGGAGCCGCCCAUCCCCUCCCCACUGCUGUGUGUCAUUAAAGUGCAUGGAAAGCA